AUGCACUUCUCUUCCUCUUCUCUUGGCGCCCUUGUUGUGGUCGCGGCUGGUGCCGCCGAUGCCGCAAAGUGCCCUAUCCAGUUCGAUGGCAGAAUCCCAACAAACUUCACACCCGCCUCUUUCGACACCUCUGCGAGUCCCUUCAACAAUGGCUUUGUUUUCGGCAAGGGUCUGAAGGCCAGUGACGUUGUCACUAUUCCGACAGGCUUGUCGUCUCUGCUCGACGGCCCGGCAAACAAGCCUUUCCAAGUCAACAUUGACGACAGAUCCAUCUUUGCGCCCACCGAGACCAAUGUGCAAACGGGCUUCCGCCGCGCAGAGAUGCUGCCCAUGAGCAAUAACGGCACCGACCCAUCCACCUCCGGCAUCAAGACGGUCCACUGGAGCAUGAUGAAGGACCCUAAGAAGCCGCUUAACUUAACCCACGAAUACCAAAUGUACGGCGAUCUCAUCGGCAUUCACCCGGCGGACCCGGAUGUUCUCCACCUGUUUGGCAACUCCAACACCAACCCGUCGCCGGAGCUCUUCAAGACCAAGUUCACUGAGGGCGUGUUCCACAACUUUGCCCUGACUUUGGACUUUGGCAAGAACUUGACUCGGGUGUACUAUUCUCAAGGGAAUGCCCCUCUUGUCGCUCAGGGCCAGCCCAUCGAGAACGACAUCUCGGGACAGGGACAGUUUCACUUUGGCGUUUUGAAGAAGUCGAUCAACGGCACCGGUGACCUCACGAAGUCCGGUUUCCACGAGUCUGGAAUCAACGAGGGCAUCAUUUUCGGUUCCAUCUUUGAGGAGGACAGCAUCGAUGGCUGUGUGACCUUGUCUCUUUGA